CCCCAGGUGGCCCCAGGCAGGAAUGGCAUGAGGCAUGCUCUCAUUUCUCCCACGUGACUGGGGGUGAGAGGUCUCAGGGAGGUGAGUACCUUGAUCCCGGGGGCACUGAGAGAUUCAACAGAGGGCUCCACACCUGGUCAGUAGAAGGAGGACUCCCAGGAUCAGCAGGACCCAAGGUGUGCCCCCUUCAUGAGGAAUGGAGGUACCCCCAACGCAGAAAGAAGCCACCCCACAGAGUCUAGGUGAACUCUGUUCUUAAAUCUGGGGGCGGGGGCGGGGGGCCUGAUCAAGGAUGGUGCUAAGUGGCAAGCUCAUUUGUACCACGGCAGGAAGUUGAGGAACCCUCAGGGGGAUGAGGCGUUGGUGUAAAGGGAGAUGUCUGCUCAUCUCAAGGGUUUGAGGGUCGAGGAAGUAGAAGCCCCAGCAGGAGUAAAGAUGAAUAACCCACAGGAGGACUUUGGAACACCCACCUCAUACCUGAAGGGUUCAGCUGGUGGGGUCAGCCCCGGACACCCCACGCAGGGGUGACAUCUGUGGGGCCUCCUCACCUCUGUUUCUGGAUCUCAGGGAGGUGAGGACUUUGUUCUCAGAGGGUGUGUGGACAAAACAGGGAGGCCCUGUGUUCGACAGACACAGUGGUCCCAGGAUUGGAGAGCAGUCCAGGAGCUCCAGGAAGCCGGCAGGCCUUGGUCUGAGACAGUGUCCUCAGGUCGCAGAGCAGAGGAGACCCAGGCAGUGUCAGCAGUGAAGGUUCUCGGGACAGGCUAACCAGGAGGACAGGAGCCCCAAGAGGCCCCAGAGCAGCACUGACGAAGACCUGCCUGUGGGUCUCCAUCGCCCAGCUCCUGCCCACGCUCCUGACUGCUGCCCUGACCAGAGUCAUCAUGUCUCUCGCGCAGAGGAGUCCGCACCGCAAGCCUGAUGAAGACCUUGAAGCCCAAGGAGAGGACUUGGGCCUGAUGGGUGCACAGGAACCCACAGGCGAGGAGCAGGAGACUACCUCCUCCUCUGACAGCGAGGAGGAGGAGGUGUCUGCUUCUGGGUCAUCAAGUCCUCCCCAGAGUCCUCAGGGAGGCGCUUCCUCCUCCUUUUCCGUCUACUACACUUUAUGGAGCCAAUUCGAUGAGGGCUCCAGCAGUCAAGAAGAGGAAGAGCCAAGCCCCUCGGUCGACCCAGCUCAGCUGGAGUUCAUGUUCCAAGAAGCACUGAAAUUGAAGGUGGCUGAGUUGGUUCAUUUCCUGCUCCACAAAUAUCGAGUCAAGGAGCCGGUCACAAAGGCGGAAAUGCUGGAGAGCGUCAUCAAAAAUUACAAGCGCUACUUUCCUGUGAUCUUCGGCAAAGCCUCCGAAUUCAUGCAGGUGAUCUUUGGCACUGAUGUGAAGGAGGUGGACCCCGCCGGCCACUCCUACAUCCUUGUCACUGCUCUUGGCCUCUCGUGCGAUAGCAUGCUGGGUGAUGGUCAUAGCAUGCCCAAGGCCGCCCUCCUGAUCAUUAUCCUGGGUGUGAUCCUAACCAAAGACAACUGCGCCCCUGAAGAGGUUAUCUGGGAAGCGUUGAGUGUGAUGGGGGUGUAUGUUGGGAAGGAGCACAUUUUCUAUGGGGAGCCCAGGAAGCUGCUCACCCAAGAUUGGGUGCAGGAAAACUACCUGGAGUACCGGCAGGUGCCCGGCAGUGAUCCUGCGCACUACGAGUUCCUGUGGGGUUCCAAGGCCCACGCUGAAACCAGCUAUGAGAAGGUCAUAAAUUAUUUGGUCAUGCUCAAUGCAAGAGAGCCCAUUUGCUACCCAUCCCUUUAUGAAGAGGUUUUGGGAGAGGAGCAAGAGGGAGUCUGAGCACCAGCCGCAGCCGGGGCCAAAGUUUGUGGGGUCAGGGCCCCAUCCAGCAGCUGCCCUGCCCCAUGUGACAUGAGGCCCAUUCUUCACUCUGUGUUUGAAGAGAGCAAUCAGUGUUCUCAGUGGCAGUGGGUGGAAGUGAGCACACUGUAUGUCAUCUCUGGGUUCCUUGUCUAUUGGGUGAUUUGGAGAUUUAUCCUUGCUCCCUUUUGGAAUUGUUCAAAUGUUCUUUUAAUGGUCAGUUUAAUGAACUUCACCAUCGAAGUUAAUGAAUGACAGUAGUCACACAUAUUGCUGUUUAUGUUAUUUAGGAGUAAGAUUCUUGCUUUUGAGUCACAUGGGGAAAUCCCUGUUAUUUUGUGAAUUGGGACAAGAUAACAUAGCAGAGGAAUUAAUAAUUUUUUUGAAACUUGAACUUAGCAGCAAAAUAGAGCUCAUAAAGAAAUAGUGAAAUGAAAAUGUAGUUAAUUCUUGCCUUAUACCUCUUUCUCUCUCCUGUAAAAUUAAAAUAUAUACAUGUAUACCUGGAUUUGCUUGGCUUCUUUGAGCAUGUAAGAGAAAUAAAAAUUGAAAGAAUAA